AUAGAACACAUGGUUGACCUAUUGGUAAAACAUGGCGUCGUAAUUUUGUGUGUUUUUAAACAUGAAUAGUCGUUUUAUACUUACACAAGGCAGCGAGACAGUCAAGCCAGACUUGACUGUGCCUUCAGGGAGUACAGAUAUUCGUUUAGUUGCGGAAACGAGUGAAAAUCGUCCAGUGAAACGCAGAGGUUUUCGAAAGGUGGCCAAGAAUUUAACUGCGAAUUCAAGCGCACGUCCUGCGCGAAGGAUCAAAUUAAAUCGCAGUAUUUUCAACACGGAGUCUACGGCAAAACCUACGAUUCAUGCGAAGACUUUGAACGAGAUAAAGAAUGCGAAAGAAGAUAGCAAGAGUCCAGUUAAACCCAGCACAGAAGUAAGUGUUAAUAUAUUAAACUCUGUGGUUGAGAAUACGUCUAUCACAAGCCCUAUGCCUGCAAGUGCUGUAGAUCUAAGUGAACGCUCACUAGCUGCAAACGCAAGUCCUGUAAGGCCAGCGCAUGCGAGCACUACCUCAGAUACACGUACUGUUAUAAAACGGGAAAAUAAUGGACCAUUGUUACUACCCAGUAUUGAGCUCAGACGUAUAUCACAGGAUGAAUAUAAACGUCAUUUUACAAAUCAAAAUAAACUGCUUUCAAACAGUGGUAUAAACGGAGUCAUUGGGCAAACACAACACAAACAGGAUGCCCUUAGACAGACAGGGACUUAUACCUUGUUUACACAGCCAUCACAGGGCACUCCUCUAAAGAAACGAAAGAUUAGCCCAAUGCAUUUAUCCAAUUUGAAUGCAUCAAAGAAGCGUAAAGUCAGCCCAAUUCGAUCACCUGACACUGAGGCCCUAAAAGCUGAUCCUGCUUUACCCUCACCAUCACAGCCACCAUCCCCUCUCGAUAGCCCGCCGUCACCUGCAUUAUCCCUGGGGGCCCAAUCUGACGACGACUUCGAUAAUGAGGCAAAAACUGCCAUCGCAAAUUCUCGUGUGAUUAUAAUGUUGAAACCAACAAGUACAGAGACUACCUCUUGCAAAAAACAGAACAUGCACCUUGGUAAAAAACAUGUCAAAACACCUAGCCAUAAACAACAUGUCAAAAAAGUUCAAACAAACACUCAGUGUGAUGUCCAUUCUCGUUUGGGGCCCCCACACAACACCCAGACUACAAUUGCCCUCCAAAAGAGUGCUACCUCAGACUUGUUUGUCGAUGACUCAUUGGACAUCAUGUCCGUUAUUGCGGAUGAUGACGAGCUAUUUCACGAGGAUAAACCAAACGGUCCAUUAAAACGUACUGUUUCACAAGAUAGCAUUUUUAGCACGACGGAAGAAACAAGUAACCGUGGUAACCUCAGAAGUUUGGUAAAAAAAACACAAGCCAAUCAUAAACACUCGGUGGGUGAUCUUAUUACAAGCAAACCCACGUCUAAGUCAUUUAGAAUUCCUCGUCGGAAUUCAGAGCAAGACUUCAAUGAAACAAGGAAGAAUAAUAACAGUUUCCCAAAACGGACUACAGGUGAAAGCUGUAUAAAAUCUCAAGCUGAAAGUGAUAGGUCAAAUUCUGUCCGAAAUGGAAGUGACCCCCCUGGAAAUAUUUUUUUCUGUGGUUCCCACCAUCCCCCGAAACCCACCAGAGUUGUAUCAAACGAAAGACAGCCUUUCAUAAAUGGAUUUUCAGUCCAAGAGAAAUUACGUAGCAUUCAUCGUAAUUUGGGGGCUAAGAAUAUUCAGGAAGCUUGGUUAGUUUUGAAAGAGUUGGAAGACUCAAAGUCUGUUAUUGAUGUACGGUUAGUGGAAGAAACUUUGAAAGUCUGUGAGUCGGUCAGUAUAAAAGCACCCACUCCAGUGGUAGCAGAGAUUGCCGUUGGUGUAUUUCAAAUGCUCAAACGUCGACAAGCAAUGAAACCUGUGUCAUAUAUUCUGACAGUUUUAACUUUAUGUCGUUGUGGUAAGUUUCAAGAAGCAUUUGAUAAAAUAUUGGAAAUGGUCGAAGCAAGAAUAUUCCCACCUCAGGAGAUCCUUGUACAUUUUUUUAAUGAUUUACUCAAGUGUUUCAGGACAAACUUGAAGUGGAUUUUUGAACUUCUACCAUAUAUCAAAAGGUUUAACUUCUCUAAUCCAACAUAUAUUUUUAAUAAUUGUCUGUUGUCCCUCGUUUCUGCCCCGGCUGAUGUGCUGCGAGAAAUAAUCCCCAGCCAAUGGGAUACAUUGAUUUCCAUGCUCAGUGUCCCCCCCAAUGUCCAAGGUGCAAUGCAAGUUCAGAAUAUUAUGAAUAAACAUUGUAUCCCGAUGAGUGAUCAGUCCAUUACAAAAUUAUUGAAUCUCUAUCGAGAUACAAAAUGUACUAAACAGCUUUUAGAUUUGUUCCACUUGAAGUGCACAAACGAAAUGUUUGACAUUGGUACUAUUUUUGCUGAUCAAAGUCUGAACCUUCGUGAUGUUGAAGCCCACAUUAGGGAUCUUGUCAAAAAUGGUUCUCUGCCUCGAAAGGAAGUCUUGCAUCAGUUUAUUGAGAAAGCAUCAUCCAUGAAAGAUUUCGGUCUGGUCUAUAGUUUGUUUCUGAAGUGUGAAAGCUCAUCAGUGUCGUUGUCCGUAACAACGCUUAAGAAGAUGGUCGACGUGUUGGAAAACUGGGAUGAGAAUAUGACAGCAUCAGUUGAAGUCUACGCUGCACUGCGCCAGGCUAAAAUGUCGGUUAUGAAAGAACCAAGAUCCACACCACCUUUAAACCUGCCUCAAAAGAGAGAAGCCAACAAGUUUCAAUUUGGUCGCUGUUUUUCCUUCGUGAAAACAGGACGGUGUCAUUAUGGUGAUAGAUGCAAGUACUCUCAUGUAGUUGAUGAAAGGCCGCAGUUUUUGAGACCGAGUUCGGACACCUCCAGUCCCCAGAGUGUUGGCGAGUGUCGUAAAUCUGACGGAAGUGAGGGUAAGCAACAAGUUAACACAAAGACACAAGCAAGCACUAGUACAAACACGACAAUGGUCAAUGGUCAUGGUACCCACCCGUUUCCAUCAUUUCAACAUCCUUCAUUUGUUGUGCCGAUGUUCAGUCCAAUCCCAAACCACAUCCCACCACCACUCCGAGUUCCACAGCCUGUUUCCUGUCGCCAAGCAAUAUCUACCAGACCUCCAUUUCUGAAUCGAUUUCAGCCAAGGAGUGUAAACCCCACCCCUAGAUUUGCUGUUUCCCAACCCCCCCUGAACAAGCCGAUGGCUCUAAUGUUUCCAAGAGCAGCAACUCCUGACAAGGUUAAGCUGAAUCGAAGCUUCUCAUGGGAGCCUACCAACAACAGUGUACCUCGAUCUCCAUUACCCCGCUUUCAGCAACCCAACCCUAGUAGUGACACCAACAACAAUGUUAUCUCCGAGGCGCAGCAACGUGUUGACCGAGCCGUCGCAUCCAAAGAUUGGCCAGAAGUGUACCUAAGUUUUGUCGAAUGCAAGCAAGCAAACAACAGAACUGUGCAAGCAAGUGAUUUGAGAAUUUUCAGAAAUGUUUUUCUGAAAGAUGUCUCUAUUGUUGGUUCAAACUUCAGCGAGUUUGUAGACUUUAUUCAUAAAGAAAAAGGUUCAGUGAAAAGUUCAAGCUCGGGUUCUGGAAAUAAUUCCCUGUUUGACCACUACGAUAUCGAGUUUCUUGGCUCACUUGCUGUAAGUCUGAUGGAGAAAUGUUUGGUUACCAAGCAGUUUGACAAGGGUUAUGAGAUAUUACACACUCUACAUGCACACAACAUCAGUUAUUUUGAUUGCGGUAAAAACUUUGGUGCAUAUACCAGAAAUAUUCCCCCCUCAGCUGUAGCAAUUAUUGCUGUCAAAUUAUGCACGGGUGUGUCGCAAGAUGAUGGUCUUCUUGGCGCGUUGGAGGUGUUACGAGCGAGCAACUAUGCAAUGCCUGAGGAUAAUAUCACUCCAGAUAAUAUGGAGUACAGAAUUAAAGUGUUGCAACACGUUUUCACUCAGUUAUUUGAUCAAGGAAAUAUCUCUGAAGCUUAUGAGAUUCUUCAACAUCUGAAGGCUAGCCACAAUGUCAUGGUCCCACUGUAUGUGAAAGUUUUGAACUAUUACGCCAGCAUUGAAGAUUUCGACCAAUCAUUUGAUGUGCUUGCUGAAAUGAACGAGAAUGGUUUUGAUUUGAACAUUCCCGCGUGUCAGUCACUGUAUGAGAAGUUUCUCAAGCUCUGUCUAACAAACCGUCAAGAGGACGAAGCACGUACAACCCUAGAAGAGAUGGAAUCGAGAGGGGUAAUGUUGAACGGUGAUGUAUGGCAGAGGAUAUUAAACCAUGAACCCUCAAUAACAAAUGAUAUUCUCAUCAAUAUGUUGUUUCAAAGAUGUCUUAAUGUGGACGUUUAUCCUGCAACGUUUUCCAAAGACAUGCCUUGGUUAUGUCAACUUGGUUGCGGUUACUCACAAGUUGAGGUGAAACUUCUGAUUGUACGACACCUUAAACAACUGCGCCAGUAUCUCGUACAGAACAAUCACAGUAACUUAUCUUUAUCCACCCUGAAGGAUUUCCAAAUUGCGCUGUUCCCUCGAGUAUCAGGAAGUCAUGGGAAUCCAAAACUUAAUGAAGGUAUUCAGACAGCAAUAAACAAGAAUUGUUUAAUUGUUACGAAGGUCCUGGAAGAAGAUCUUAAUCCGCCACUGAUUAUCUCAGAUCACACUAAAGAACAGUUUCAUUCGAAGUUUAUCGUGGAUUCAUUGUCUCUGUAUCGAUGGUUUAAUGCCAACCAGCACGACGUUGAUGGUAAUCCUGAUGAUGGUGAUGACGCUUCGUCGAAUGGUUCGAUGGAGAGCUGCGUGUCUUAUAUGACGAGAAUGACAGAGUUCGAUUAAAAAUUGAGAUGCAAGAACACAAAUCUAUAUGGUUAGUAUAUUUUUCUUUUUAUGGUCUAUUUUAUAGUUGAUUUGCAUUGAGUUGUGAUAGUCACAAACAUAUGACGUAGGUCAGUGUAAUAGAGUGUCGAUAUAUCUCUUAAAUCAGCAAAGACUGAUUUACAUACAGUAUGUUACACAAACAAAAAUUAAUUUGUACUUUUUUCAUUCCAGGUGUAUUCAUCGGUGCAGUUAUCUGUCAAGGUCACAGCGAUGUAGAAGGUUUUGUUGUUAUAUGUUCAUUAUAAGUGAAACGGUAAUGCUGUGAAAAUGUAAUAAGAGGAUGCUAAGAAUUAGGAGCUAGAAUAUUCGGGACAUUCUCAGGCUGUAAAAUAAAAUGAAAUUGAGUCGUCUGCCGUUAGACAAAGUAACCAUCAUUGGUGCGUUGAUUGCGUUAAAGCACCAGCAGUAUUGAAUGAACCAUUACAGCCUGAAAAUGUCUGAAAAAUAUUUAGUAGUUUAUCAAAGAUAUAUCAGCACCAUCGAAAAAGUUUCGAUGAGGUUCAAACUUUUUCUGGCAGCUACGUUUACGAACUGUGAUUUGUCUGGUUACAUUUUGGUUCUGUGGUAGUGAGGAAUAAUGCUGAUAAAGCCUGUUUCCACCAAAGUAAUUCGUUGCUAUCCCAUGGAAAACACAAUGUAAUUUUCAUAUUCGAAAUAAGGAAGCGAUCAUUAAUUAUGGCGGGGGGUGGCACCAAAGAGAAAAGGGUUGGGUAAACAAAAUUUUGAGUGAGUAAAAUCUUGGGUGAAUGAAAAACAAAACAACUCAAGGAUUGGGUAAUACAAAUCUAUUGUCAUUUCCAAAGCAUGACUCACUCAAAUAUUGAAGACUAAAAAGCAAUGUCAACAGUCAUAUGUCAAUACAAUAUGUAAAUCAAUCACUUAUCAUGAUCACUUUCUGAUUUGUCAGGAGGCAAAUGGUGUCUCCAAAGAAAGUACAUGUGCAGACAACAUGAAACUUUAGACUGCAGAAAAUUUCACAAGCAGUUAUCAAACUCAUGUCACAGAAGUGGCAAAGGACAUGUGUGACAACUGAAUGGUAUUCUUUUGUUACGUUUUUGGCCAGGCGUGGGUAUUUAUUUUUUAAUUGAUAUUUGAGGUUGGGUAAAAAAAUUUUUUUUAACUUUUUAAUGCUUGGAUCAGCAACAUUUCUGCCAAGAAAAACAUUUCUCUUCAGUGCCACGCCCGCCAUAAAUAUUAGAGAGUUUGGCAACCUAGAACGGCAACGGGGAAAAUAUAAUUGCUUAUAUUGUUGUAUUUGAGCCAAAGUGUACGUUACUACACUUAAUUUGCCUCUUUAAGUAUUCCUGUUUCUUUCAAACGUAUCCUUAAGUAAAAAUAGUCCGCGAAUUCAAAUCAAACACCUCAAAUAACAUCGAACGAAUUAACUGUUGCCGUAGUCAUGCGCCGUGAAAAUGAUGCAAAUCACGUACUAGUUUCAACAACUACGGCAUUGCACAACGCUUAAGACCAUGUAAUUUACAUUCGCCUUUGUCUUUGAGGAUCAAUGCUAUUGUUGAUGACCAUAUUGCCGUUGCCCUUGUAUUUGCCAAACUCUCUAUUGACUGCUCCCUAAAGCCGUGGUCAAACGAGAAGUCGACAUCUGGCUUAACAAAAUAAAAGAUUGAUGAGUGUUCCAACUUCGCCUCACUUAAAUAAUAAAGUACAUGCUAGUGUUGGGAAAGCAUAGAGAAGAACAGCCAACCAAGAUCGCGUAACUUCCAUCUCUCAUGCACCUUCAUUCUCGUUUGAUCCGCGGCAUUCAUUUUUAAGGGAUUUCAAAUUUAAUAUUUUGUUUGGUGAAAGGGCAGGGUUUGACUCAAAUCGCUAGACGUUGUUGCAUAUUAGCAGCUGAACUAUAUAGUAUCUACAUUUUAGAUAUGGACGUGGUGCUUUUUGUAAAUAUAUAUUGUUUCGUUAUUCAGAGACUUACAUUGCGUAAGAUAAUGCGUGUUUUGCUCGUAUAUACAAUUGUAUAUUUAUAUAAGAAAUAUUAGUUCUACAUUAGAGACUAUAGUGUUAACGGUUAUUAUGAACGAGCAAAAAAUAAACUGACAACUGUUAAAUAAUAUUUUAUGUUGUUUCAUGUUCGCAAUGUGAAAUUUGCGUUACUU